GUGAACCCCACGCCACAGGGCACACGAGCGCUGCUGAAAAUGAUGUACUGCCCAUACUGCCGAGGUCUGGUGUCGGUGAAACCCUGCUACAACUACUGCUUUAAUGUCAUGAGAGGCUGCUUGGCCAACCAAGGCGACUUGGAUGCCGAGUGGAAUAUCUUUAUGGAUUCGAUGCUGCUGGUAGCAGAGAGGCUAGAGGGUCCCUUCAACAUCGAGUCAGUCAUGGACCCCAUUGAUGUGAAGAUUUCAGAUGCAAUCAUGAACAUGCAGGAGAACAGCAUGCAGGUGUCGCAGAAGGUUUUCCAGGGAUGCGGCCAGCCAAAAGCUGUUGCCCAGGGCCGGGCUGCGCGCUCUGUCUCUGAAAGUGGUUUCAGUGCUCGCUUCAGGCCCUACAACCCAGAGGAGAGGCCAACGACAGCUGCCGGCACGAGCUUGGACCGGCUGGUUACUGAUGUGAAAGAGAAGCUGAAGCAAGCCAAAAAAUUUUGGUCAUCUCUCCCUGGCAACAUUUGCAACGAUGAAAAGAUGUCUGUAGGCACUGUCAAUGAGAAUGAGUGCUGGAACGGGAGCGCCAAGAGCAGGUAUGACUUUGCAGUGACUGGGAAUGGCUUAGCAAGUCAAGUGAAUAACCCCGAGGUGGAAGUUGAUAUCACCAAGCCAGACAUGGUGAUUCGCCGUCAAAUCAUGGCUCUGCGAGUGAUGACCAACAAGCUGAAGAAUGCUUAUAGUGGGAAUGAUGUCGACUUCAUUGACAUAAGUGAGGAGAGCAGCGGGGAGGAGAGUGGCAGCGGCUGCGAGCUCCAGCAGUGCUCCUCAGAGUUCGAGUUCAACGCCACCGAAGUCACUGGGAACUCCAACAAGAGCGAUAAGACCGUGAACACUUCUGCUGCUGCCCGGGGCAGUCUAUCACAAGCAGCCUUGCUCCUUAGCAUUUUGUUCUUGGCCAUGCAAAGACAAUGGAGAUAAUUGUGCAGCGUAGGGGUCGGGGGGGAAAGACUUUUAUUAUCAAAG